ACACAGAAUAUACGCCUGAAUUUACCAUGUAAUUCUUGAACCAUCGAUAACACUGAACUGAACUUCGUUCAUCAAAAACCCUAACCAGUUAACUUGAGUUCUCCAUCAAUGGCGUCCCAAAUGGCUAUUUUCAGUCGGACCCGAACCCUAAUUAAGAACUUUAGUCAAAACUCCAACUUGAAAUCCAUCACCACCUUCGGGUUCCUGAGUCAGGAGCCCCAGCUGGCGGAGCCAAAUCACGAUCCGGCAACUCCACUUCCCCCGAACCCGGCCUCCGGUAGCCCUCUAUACCACGAGAACUGGAGGAGCCCGAUCACAAAUGCUUCCAUGGCUCAGUCGUUGCUACCGCUCAAUUUCUUGCAGCGGUCGUCGACUCCUCAAAUCCAAGCUUUGUCGCAGUCCCUAGACAGUGCGAGCCUUAUGAAUUUAUUUGCCGAUUGGAUGGCUUCGCAGAACUGGGCCGACAUGAAACAGUUGUUUGAGUACUGGGUUCGGUCACUAGAUAAGAACGGAAAGCCGAACAAGCCUGACGUGAACCUCUUCAACAAUUACCUGAGGGCCAAUUUGAUGACCGGAGCUUCUGCAGGAGAUUUGCUGGAUCUAGUGGCCCAAAUGGAUGAUUACGAUGUCAAGCCAAAUACAGCGUCCUUUAAUCUAGUACUUGAAGUCAUGCACCAGGCCAAAGAGACUGAAGCUGCCAUGAAAUUGCUUGAACGGAUGCUGCAAACUGGGAAAGAAUCUCUGCCUGAUGAUGAAUCAUAUAAUUUGGUUCUCGCCCUGCUUUUUCAGACAAAUAGAAUUAAUGAUGGCAUCAAAUUUAUAGACUUGGCAUUGAAAUCUGGUGUUACAUUGUCAGUUCAGGUGUUUACAGAUUUUGUUCGACUCUGUCUCAAAACUCACAGGCUGGAUGCUUUGGUUUCGGUUAUUGAGAAGUGCAAGUCAAUGGAACAAAACAAAGCUCUUUGUCCUCCCUGGGGGUUGUGCAACUUGAUUGCAGAUCAUUCAUUCCAAGAGGACAAUAGCAAGUUAGGUUAUCAUGCCCUGGAGUUUCUGGCCAAGUGGAUUGCUAGAGGUGAACAAGCAAGGCCUUCUGUUUCUCUUUCUGUGGAUGAAGGAUUACUUGUAUCAGCACUAGGAACUGCUGGUAGAACUAACAAUUCUAAUCUCUUGGAUGCUUCAUGGUCAAUCCUAAAGCGCUCAUUGCGUCAAAAGAAGGUUCCUAAUCCCGAAUCUUACCUUGCAAAGAUAUAUGCCUUGUCAUCAUUGGGGGAGCUACGGAGAGCUUUUAGUACCUUAAAUGAGUUUGAGUCCGCUUAUGAACAUUCCCCUAAUGUAGCAGAAGAUGAACUAUUUUCUCCAUUCACCUCUUUAUCACCAUUGGUUGUGGCGUGUUCCAAGAAAGGUUUUGAGACUUUAGAUGCAGUGUAUUUUCAACUGGAGAAUUUGAGUCGUGCAGACCCUCCCUACAAGUCAGUUGCUGCUUUAAACUGUGUAAUAUUAGGGUGUGCAAAUAUCUGGGACCUUGAUCGUGCAUACCAGACCUUUGAGGCCAUUAGUUCUUCCUUUGGGUUGGCUCCUAACGUUCAUUCUUACAAUGCUCUAAUGUAUGCAUUUGGGAGGCUCAAGAAGACAUUUGAAGCUUCAAGGGUGUUCGAACACAUGCUAAGUUUGGACACUAAGCCGAAUGCAAAGUCAUACAUGAUACUUGUUGAUGCUCAUCUUAUAAACCGAGAUCAGAAAGCCGCGCUCUCUGUGAUUGAUAGCAUGGUAAACGCUGGUUUUGAGCCAUCCAGAGAAACAUUGAAGAAUGUCAGGAGACGAUGUAUUCGAGAGAUGGACUAUGAAAGUGAUGACCGUUUGAAUUCCCUAGCAUCAACGUUCAAGAUUCGGCUGGGUAAUGAGAAUCGAAGGAACAUGCUGUUUAAUCUUGACUACAGCAACAAGUUUGCUUCAUAGGUAAACUGUCAGCACACGUUAAAAGAUGCUAAAAUCAAAGACAGAACUUUCUAGUUGUUUAAUUUUCGCAGUCCUGUUAUUUUCCUUCUUUUGAACGCUUGUGUCUUUAAGCUUAUUUUUGUAAUGAACAACUACCUGUGUUUCUGUGUAGGUUGGCUUUUUAAUGAUAUGGAAAAUCUGAACGCUUCUCAUUCGGUUCCCCAAGAAAGAGACCUACACCGUUUUGUUCGAUAAUUUUCGACAGUGCUUGUAAAUUAAUUGAGUAUACUAAAUUUUGAGGCUUGGCAGGAUUAAUGCUAGGAUCAUCAGUCUUUUUCUUUCUGAUAAUGUUCCUUAUUUUUGUUUUCCUCUCCACAUUUAGUAUUAUAUAUUGAGCGAAUAAAUUGUAGGAAAAAAUUAAUUUUUUUUAGGUAACUGAACAGUAUACUUUUGUCUAUCUGAUAAUGGAUAGGAAUCCAGAUUAACAUAUUGUACUCUAAUGUUAAUUUUGAUUCUGUUCAAUCAAUUUGUUUUUAACAUUUUAAUCACAAUAAAAUAAUUUUUUUUAAGGAAA